AAGGUUUUAAGAAGAGAUUGGACAGCCAUUUGUUCAGAACUGUAGAGGGUGCGUUGUCUGAGCAGGGGGUUGGACUAGAAGACCUCCAAGGUCCCUUCCAACUCUGUUAUUCUGUUAUUCUUCUAGUGAAUUUUGUUUCUUCUAUGUCUCAACUCAGGGUAGGUCUAUUACUUUAGAUGACGAUUGUGAUUUCCCAGAGUAUUAAAAAAAAAAAAAACUCUUUGAAAAUGGCGUCUAGCAUCAUGUCCUCUCUGCAAAAACAAGUAAAGAAACUUAAUUAGGACCUAGAUUUAUUCUAAGGGCUGUCCUGCAACAGUUUAUUUUCUUUCCUGUAAACAGAGAACUUGGUAUAGGUUCAUCCAGUCCCUUGGAUCAACGCAGAGCGAAAGGCAAACGAUGGGAAUGGAUGCCAAAUAUUUCAAGGAAAAUCUCGGAACGUGCUUGGCUGAAGGGCUUGCGGAAGUGGCCAACCGCCGGCCAGUAGACCCCAUCCAUUUCUUGGCCUCCUGGAUUUACAACUAUAACGAAAAUAGAAAGAGAGAAGAAAAGAGAAAGAAAGCAAAGGACCACCUAGAACUUCAGUAUGAAGAACGUCUCGCAGAACUGGGGUCUGCGGAAAAACUGAGAGCAGAAGAACCUCCAACGGCCCCAAAAUUUGAAGAGCAGACGAAGGAGCAAACAGAAGAUACUCCUGAAAAAUUAACGGAAAUAGAUGGAACAUCACACCAACCUUUGAGACAAGAGCUGGCUGAAAAGAAGGCAGAGGAAAUGACGACCGAAGAAAAGGUUGGACACAUCCCAGAAGAAUAUGAAACUAGGUCAACACAAGAGGUGUUAGAAAACAGAGUGGAUCAAGAUGACUUAAAUGUUGUGAUAAAUGAGUUGGAUGAGCAACCAGGCCAGGUAAGUCCUAGUUUAACCCUUCAGGAAGCCUCACUAGAAAUUGCUGCAGAUGAAGAUUUAAGUCCCAACGUCUUGGAUGACAAAGAUGAAGACCAGUUGGAACAAGACAGAGCAGCUGAGAAGGAGAAUGAUGAUGUACAAACUGAAGGUGACAAAGGCAAAGACCAGUUGGAACAAGGCAGAGCAGCUGAGGAGAAUGAUGUACAAGCUGAAGGUGACAAAGGUGAAGACCAGUUGGAACAAGGCAGAGCAGCUGAGUUGGAGAAUGAUGUACAAGCUGAAGGUGACAAAGGCGAAGACCAGUUGGAACAAGACAGAGCAGUUGAGAAGGAGAAUGAUGUACAAGCUGAAGGUGACACUCAAGCUGAGAUAGACAGAUCUAUUCAGGAUGGGAAUUCAGAGUAAUUCCACAAUUCAUGUAUACUUGGAAGGAAAUCCUGUUGCUUUCAAAAGGCUUUGUGUGAAGGCUUUGUUUCACAAAGAAGGUAAUCUAAAAAGGAUGGGUUUUGAGGGUGUGAUAGUGACAGUUUUCCAGCAUAGUUGCACUAGGAUGUUAUAUGGAGAAGAUUGAUCAUUAGAUGGUAACCAGUCUUGGGAAAGUAUGUGUACGACACGCCUCUUCAAAACUUGGUGUGUUCUUGUAGCUUUUGUUUUUAUGCUUUUAUCUGUUGGAAGAAAUGGUAUCUAUCUACAACUGGAAAUCCUGUUAUACAAUUGAUUGCAAGUUCAUGCAAGACAUUUUGUUAUAUGUGUAGAACCACCCUCAAUGUUAUAGAUGUGUGACACUGAUUUGGAGACACAUUAUAUCAACUUGUGGCUCUGUAUAUGAGACAUGUAUAUUCUAUACACGGGUCGCAUUCUGAUGUAUAGGUGCACAUAGUGUCUCCAAAACAUUAUCAACAUCUAUCGAUAUGUGUAUGUGUGUGUAAAAUAAGACAGGAUACAAACCUAAGACCCUCACUCACACAAUGAGUUUUUUUUUCUGUGAUUAGGUGGCUGUGUUUGAACACAGUCCAUUUCAUUAUGGUUCGGUGCAAACCCAGAAAGUGAGUUAAUUCCUAAACCAGAUUAAGGGUGAAUGUAGUGACAUGCUUUCUAAAAAAAAAAUGUUGCCAGGUAAAGCAUUCAGUAGCAGACUUAUUCAAUCUUCCAAACAAAUUGUCAUUAAAAGUAGUAGCCUUCUACCUUGAUUCUCUGAAAGAAUAUUGCAGAUAAAUACUUCUUGUGAAUGGUACAUUUUGGAGGUCAAAAGACUAUUCUUAAACGUACUGAAAUUCCUUUUUUUUUUCCUUUUUUCAUCUGAUGCUGUUGCAUUUAGAAAUAAGACAUAAUGAACUUUUGAUUAUUCUUAUGUAUGAGCAGUGUUGGAAAAGUAGCUGUUUCCCCUCUGUUACAUCACUGUGAUUAUGAUUAUGUGUAUAAAGGUAGUCCUUGACCUACAAUCAUUGCUUUAGUGACCAUUCAAAGUUAUAACAGCGUUGAAAAAAUGACCUUUAACCGGUCUUGCACUAACAACUGUUGCAGCAUUCCCACAAUUCCAUGAUCAAAAUUUGGCCAAGCAACUGGCAUGUAUUGAUGGUGGCUGUAGUGUUUCAGGGUCAUGUGACUUUUCCAACUGGUUUCCAACUUACUUAAGUGCAGUGAUUUGCUUAACAGAUGUAGCAAAGCAAGUCAUAAAAUCCGGUGCAACUCAUUGAUAGCCGCCUUGCUUAGCAAUGGAAAUUCUAGUCCUGAUUGUGUUCGUAAGUCAAAGUGUUUUUGUUCAACAUUUCUUUUAGCAAUAAGAAGGGUAUGGAUAAUCCAUUUCCAUUGUUCAGCUGCCAAUUUUCAUAUCAACAGACAUCUCAAAAUAUUAAGACCAUUGUCAAACUCAAAUUAAUGUCUUCUUCCAAUAAUAAGUUUUAGCAUAUUCCAAAAACAUACGCUUGACCAAAGCCAUACUCUUAUUCUCGUUGAGAAUAUCAGCAGUAACUUUUGUCUAUUUUUUGUACAAAUGCAGUAGAGUCCAAUAAAUUCAAUAUUGCUUUUUGUUGAAUAAAAUGUAGUCUAAGGUUUAUCAAAGGUUUCCGGAUAGAAUUUCCCAUUCCUUAGAUAAAGUGGAAAUUUCCAAUUGCUUUUUCUAUUCAGUCUUUAAAAUGUAUGUAUAAAAUUAACAUAUCAGCAGGUAUUUGUUAAAGCCUCUUUGUGAGAUUUUUAUUUUCAUUAAAACUUGGUAAUCACUUGUAAUAAUUUAGAUGUCCCUGAAGCUGUAAGUGCCAUUUAUCCAUAUCAAGAUGCUCAAUAAAUGUUCUUCAAAUGUAAAAACCAUAAAAGUAUGUCCGCAAGACUGGUGACUUAUAUAGACUACAUAUGGAGUUAGAAAGGAAUAUGCUUAUCCUUUAGUGAAUUUUUUAUAUAAAUCUCUAUAUGCAUGUAAGCACGCAUGCAUGGUAGCUUCGGGUGUAUACACCAGUUUAUUUAAACAAAAAUAAUAUGUCCCGAAUAAAAAUAUCUUUUGAAGAGUCAAAA